AUGAAAGUAAUAUAAUUGACUCUUGCCCACUACAUAAGACAGUCCACGAUAAGCAGUCUUAUUAUUUGGAUAAACUGCAUUAUCUAAGAGAUGUACAUAUAAUAAAGGACAAGAUGUUUGCUGUUAAUAAUCAGUUAAUAAGUUGGGAAAAAUAUGGAAUGAGGAUUAACUUCCCUAAAGAAUAUUUUUCAUCAAGGAAUACUCACCUUGCUGUGCAAGUUACUGCACUUGCAGGUGGAAAGUUUGUGUUUCCAGAAAAUACAAUUCUUGUUAGUGCAGUAUAUGCUGUAUCUACCUCCAUUCCACUGUUUAUGAGACUAGAGCUGCAACACUGUAUUGAUCCAGAUAUGACAUGUUACCUUAGAUUUGCCACUGCUUCCAUAGAUAAUUGUCCUUAUCAGUUUGCUUUAAAAGAAGAAAAAUUUCAAUCUGAUGGUGGGUAUGGGUCUUUUCAUUUUGAUACAAAUUGUUUCAUUUGUAUUUUGGGAUUAAAAGAAGUGCCUAUAGACCAUGAGCAUAAGGUCAUACCAAAACACCAGCAACAAAAAAAGAUAAAAAAACAACUACUGCUAGAAGCUCAAGAUGAGUGUCAACAGGAUGAGUUACAACAAUCUGGAGGAAGCAAACAAGAUCAAAAAGGUGAUAAAAAAACUGAAGUGCAACGGCCCAGGAAAAGGCAAAAGAAAUGUGAUAAACCAUAUCAAAAUAGCAAAAAUUCCUCUACUAGGCAGCAGAGCCCCAAGACUUCAUUAACUCAAGCUACUCAUGUGGAAGAUUCUGAAACUUUUGCAGGAUUGUUCUUCUAUGAAAAACAAGAUUUUAAGGACUUGGUGAGAUUUAUUGCUGUGAAAAAUCUAAAUGCCCUUCUUAAGUAUGUGAAAAAAAACUAUCCUGAAUGGAAACAGGAUCAACCUUUGUACUUCAAAUUUGAUUGUGAAUACAUUGAAUUAAUAUUUAAAGAUAACUCUAAGGAAAAUAAGAAAAUGAAAGGAUGGGACGUUAGGCCUCAUUUACAACCUCCCAGAUUAAAACGUAUUGAUGUAGAAAAGUUUGGCGAAAGUGAUCGUGUUAUUCCUCCAUUAAUUCUCAUAACAGUACAAGGUUCACCUGAUGCACCCAGAACACUAUAUUAUGCUGUACCAAUAAAGGGGACCAAUGAGCCAGUAAAGUUAUAUAUUGAAAGUGAUUUAAGAAGAACUCCAACUAUAAAACAAAACACAAAGUGUACUAAGGCAGCAGUCCAAAAAGUAUUUGUUUCAUCUGCUAACCAUUACAUGCUAAUAGGGACUGGACUGGAUGUAGAUGUGUCUGAUCUGACGCCAAUACCAGGACAAGCAACUAACAAUCUUAAUUUGGUAAUCCAUAGGUGGUUUGAAGCUGAUGAAAAUCGCACUUGGGAUGAAUUAAUAAAGCUCUGUGAUGAAUAUCCUGAUAAACUUGGCAGAACAAAAUCUAUUCUUCUGAAACAUAUAGGUUCGGCCGACAGCCAUGGGACUGGGACAAAACAAGAAAGUAAAAAGAUUGAUCCCAAAGAACCAGUUGAUAGUGCAGCAACUGGUGAGGACAAUGUAAGUGCAGCAGCAGACCCACCUCCUGAUGUCAGUGAAUAUUGCCCAAAACUGGAGGACAUUGAACGAAAAAUUAAGAAAAAAAAAUUCAGAGAUCUGACCGCAGAAGAUAAAGAGUUUAUAACAAAAAUCCGUUACAUUCUGGUGACUGCCACAGAUAUAGAAUACCGUGCUGUGAUGGGUGCAAUUGAUUCUCCUGGAGGUGAUGGUAAUUACUUUAGAGUCAUCACAAAAGAUAAAGUGGCAAAUUUUAUUAUGGCAAAAUUUGGGCCGUAUAAUCUUGCAAUAACUAGGACAGGCCAGGGCCCAGAUGAGACUGAAGCAAUUCUUGUUUCAGUACAAAAUGACACAAAAGCUAAGUAUGUCAUUGCUAUUGGGAUAUGCUAUGGAGCAAAGGAGAGCAAAACAAAAGAUCUUGGUGAUAAAACAAACUUAGGUGACAUUAUUGUUGCCAAAAGUAUUGUCGACACUGCACAUCAGCAUAUUGAAGGAAAGGACACAAUCGUUUUAACUAACACGUACCCAUGUGGAAAGAAACUUUUUAAUUUGUUCAAACACGAUGAAGUCUUUGAAUUUGAAGGUAAAGCUGUUAAAGUUCAUCAUCAAGGUGAUCUGGCCUCUGAAUUCACACUGUUUCGUAGCAAAGAAGCAAAAGAAGAGAAGUUGAAAUAUGUGCAACAAGCACUUGGAGGAGAAAUGGAAGCAAAGGGUAUUUAUAAAGCUGCAGAAAGAGGAGGAUUUGAAUGGAUCGUAAUAAAGGCUAUCGUCGACUGGGGAACAGAAGAAAAAGACAAGAAGUGGCAACCAUUUGGAGCUGUCUUGUGUGCAAGGUUUGUCCUACAGUGCUUGGACGAUGAGGAUGAACCAUAAGUAUUAAGCUAAUACUGCUUAUUAAUCUAAACUAGUUUGAUAUUGACAUAAUUAUUAAUUAAUUGUACCUUUUAGAUCUUUCUUUUACUAGAGAUAAACAUUAAUUUUUGUGA